AUGAGUCUACCAACUCUAGAGCUGGAUCUAUAUGGACGAUUUCGGGAUCUACAUCAAUACAAACAAACUCAAAUUUCUAAUUUAAUGAACGCCCUUCUCAUUGGCUCCGUUACAGGUAUUGGAACUGGGUUAUACUAUACCUCUGAUAAAUUCUCUAGAAAAUAA